AUGGGCAAACCAGUAGAUCCGUCAUAUCCACUGUAUCCCAUCGCUUGCGUCUUCGCCGCAACGGGCCUAUUUUUGGUACUCCUCACCAGCGCUAUCCGCUCAAGGUGGAAUCUGGGUGUCUCCUUCCUGUGCUUCUGGCUCUUCCUGGAGAAUCUGACCUUUGCGAUAAACUCGGUCGUGUGGAAAGAUAAUGGAGAUAUCAAGCAUCGUAUCUACUGUGACCUUGCUUCUCAUCUACAGACCAUUUGCUAUGUCGUCAAACCCGCCGCAACCCUCAUCAUGACCCGAAGGUUGUUCCUGAUUGCUAGUUUCCGCAAUAUGGACAUGCACACCACACUGAAGCGGUCGGAUAUCAUCAUAGAGUGGUUCUUGGGCCUUGGCCUACCAUUGCUAGUUGCUGGACCAUUCUACUACAUCGUACAAACCAAACGCUUCGAGAUUCUUGAGGGUUUCGGGCCCAGCGGCUCAAGUUCGUCCACAGUACUCGCUAUCCUGCUCGUUUCUCAAUGGAGCAUCUCUCUUCCGCUCAUUUCCAUACUCUUCUACUUUCCGAGGGUGGUCUGGAUCUUCUACCGCCAAAACAGGGAUCUGAGUGACUUCUUCCUGCGCAGCAACAGUAAUAGCUCAACCUCCCGGCCGGGCUACUGCCGUUUGUUCGCACUUGCCAGCGUCGACAUGCUCAUCACGUUCCCCGUGGGUCUCGUGAACGUGUCGCUGGUGAUAGUCCAAGAUCUGCAUUCCGAGCGUGGCCUCCCCUUCUACGACGGCUGGGCCGCCACACACCGAGAUUGGACGCCGCUCAGCACGCCGUACUCGGAUGUUCUCGCCGGCGGCAGGUCCGGUCUGGCGCAGUUCUACUUCUCGAACUGGGUCACACCCUGUCUUUCCUUCGUCAUCUUCGGUCUCUUCGGCUUCACGCCAAAUGCACGUUCAGCGUACAUGAUCAUGGCGCGCUGGGUCGGUGAUUUGUUGCACAUACGCCCAAUCAUCCGCAGGCAUCAGCAACGGCUCAAGCACAAGAAGGCGGUACAGAAUCGGGAAAGGACAAGAAGAGGCCUUGGUUCUGCACCGCAGGAGAUCACGCUCGACUCGGAGCUGUGGUCUCGCGAGUUGAGCUUUGCGGAUUUCGAGUUGACCGCACCGGUCGGUCAGAGUAUCGACAUCAAGGGCGACGCCGAAGGCCGCAAGUCCGAGGACUCUGGAGACGCAAUCAAGGUUUAUACAGGGCCCGGGGACUCAAGCCCCGCCCUGAAGCCGGCGAAGUCCGAUCCAGAUAAGUCGGAGGUAUAG